GCAAGGGAGAGAAGUAGAAGAGACAAUCGGUGGUAUUCGGGAGAGUGGCGCGUUUCGGUGUAACGGUCGGUGUACGGUAUAAUAACAGAGUGCGCGCGGUGUCCUCGAAGGGCGAUCGAUCGAUCGAUCGAUCGAUCCCUCGGCUCGAUCGGCCCGGUUGUCGGUCGCAGCCUCGAUCGGUGUCCACGUUGGUGGCUCGAUAGGGACGACGACGACGACGACCACGUCGUCGUCGUGCGAGCGCCGACGUAGGAGGAGGAGGAGGGGAAGGUGGUGCUGGUGGAGGUGGUGGUGGAAGCGGGGGGAGGUGGAAUGGUGGCUUCCGGCCCGUGCCGAUCUCGAGCGGAAAGAAGACGCGCCGAGAUGUCGCCGCGCCGUCUCGCGCCCCUGCUGAUCCUCGGCACGAUCCUCGCCGGGCUGACGAGCACCGCCGCCGCGGACAGGAUGAGCGGCCUCUACGUCGACAACGGUUUCGACCAGACCAUCGUGCACAGGGUGGUCAGCCAGCGCGAGAAACGGGAGGUCGAGCACGAGAUAUUGAAUCUUCUUGGAUUGCCGGAUCGGCCGAGGAACACGGCCGGUAGGCCGCCGCAGGUCAAGAGGUCGGCGCCCAAGUUUCUCUUGGACAUAUACAAGAACGCUCUUGGCGAGGACGAGGACGAGAAGCCGAUCGGCGAGCAGCAACGUAGGGCCGGCGAGUUCGACCUCACCGGUCAGGAUCUCAGGGCCAUCGACCAGAGCGACGUCAUCAUGACCUUUGCCGCGCACAAUCAUCACGUUGCCGGAGUGAGGCACGAGCGCGGCAAAAGGCUCUGGUUUGACGUCUCCGAGGUACCACCCGGGGAACACAUAAUCGGUGCAGAGCUCAGGCUCUAUCGCAGCAUGGACGUGAAGAAUCGGAGGAAUCGUGGAUCGUACAUGAUCACGGCCUACCGGGUAUUGAGAACCGAAGACGGAACAAGGGAGUUGCAAUACGUAGACGCAGUGAACACGACGACAGGAAAGGAAGGGUGGUUGACUUUAAAUAUUAGCGAAUCCCUCUCCCAUUGGGUGAAUAAUCCUGAUGGAAACAAGGGAUUAUAUCUGUCGGUACAUCCCGCGGAUCGUUCUGUGCACGAGAUGAGACCGGAAGACAUCGGGAUCCUCGCGUUCAGAGGCGAUCCCGACAAGCAACCAUUCAUGGUUGGUUACUUCAAGAGUUCCGGCAUCAGAGAGUCGAAGGUGCGACAGAAACGGGACGCCAGGAGAAGAAAGAAGAGCGAGUCAUCGAGCCUGGAUUAUCGGAACAAUCCGUACACCGAUCCCGGUACGCAGUACAACUCGAGGACCUGCAAAAUCCAAACGUUGUACGUCAGCUUCAGGGAUCUGAAGUGGCAGGACUGGAUCAUAGCACCGGACGGAUACGACGCAUAUUAUUGCAGCGGGGAAUGCAAUUUCCCUUUGAACGCCCAUAUGAACGCGACCAAUCACGCGAUCGUCCAAACGUUGGUGCACCUGGUCAGCCCUGGUAAGGUACCAAAGCCUUGCUGCGCCCCUACCAAGCUCUCGCCGAUCUCAGUGCUGUAUUUCCUCGACGAAAGCAACGUUAUACUGAAGAAGUACAAAAACAUGGUCGUGAAGAGCUGCGGUUGCCAUUGAUCGGCCUCGAUUACAGGCACGUGUGUUUCCAGCUGAACCGCGAAUCGCGACGCCGCGCACCUCAAUCUCGACGGUAGAAUCGGCCGACUGAAUCCGCGCAAUCCGGUAUUUGCCGAUCCAGUAAUCUGCUUUCGAUUCGUCUUUCUUUCUUUCUUUCUUUCUUUCUUUUCGAUCGAGUUACGGGGAGGAUGAUAUCGUUCACGCGUUGUUGAAGAUGUAAAAAUGGAUAUUCAAGAAAGAUCGUGGAACACGACGCACCACGGAUUGGAUCGGUCUAGAUGGGCGGCAAUCGAAACGAAACCGCUGGAUUGCUCGAUUUUCGGCUCGAUUUUCGGCUCGAUCGAAAGGGAGAAUGUGUUUUGCGCCCACGCGAAAACGACGAAUGCCGAUCGAUGGCCGGUUAUAACGAGCGCCGCAAGAAAAUCAUCGGUCGUCUGGUGCCAAAUUCUCGACUAUAGUAGAUAGUGUAAUUUCUCGAAACGAGUGCUUCCGUACUAACGAUCGUUAAUAAUAAUAAUAAUAAUAAUAAUAAUAAUAAUAAUAAUAAUAAUAAUAAUCUCGUCGCUGGCAAAGGUGAAUAUUCGAAUAUUUGGGAAACGAUCGAUCGACGAAUACGUGCAAUUCCGAUCAACCAGAUCUUUAUCCGGUUUUAGUGGAUAUCGUUGUAAUAUACGUACGUAACAAUCGAGGGUCACAAUUUUUAUUCGAUUUAUUCCUUUCUUCCUUUCUUCUUCUUCUUCUUCUUCUUCUUCUUCGUUUUUUUUUUUUCGAUUUUAAAUAUCUCAUCCAACGUUCAAACGUUCGGUCAGAUUAAUGUAAUCGUGUAAUAUGAUAUUAAUUUAAUGACUCGAACUGUUUCUGAGGAGAAAAAAAGAAAAGAAAAAAAA